GCUAGAAAAAUGCCCCCGAGUGUCGUGAUCUAGCCCCUCACUCACCCCCUCAACCGAGAUUGUGUCUUCCGCACACAAUCCUAGACUGUACAUCGGCCUCACAAUGUCCCUCCGCUAUGAAGUCAAGAGAAUAUAUAGAGAUCUGGUCUGUAUUCCUCCCGAAGAUAUUCCCUGUAUUUGCGCUGACAGGUUCAUAAUGUAGCUCUAUCUAGGACGGGAAUACCCGCUUGGUUAUGAUUAUUUUCGGCCCCGCUGUCACCAGGCCUUCAUGAGCCAAGCAGGUGAGACGGACCCGGAAAAAGUUAGGGAAGGAAUUCAGCAAGCCGAAUAUGUCAAAAAAGAAAUCGAAGCCCUGUCAGUGCGCCGAUAGCUUUGGGGUUGACAGGGUUCACUAAUGAUGCAAUAGGUAUCGCCUCAAAAAAUAUAGAGCUUUAAAACAAAGUUAUGGGUAAAAAUUGAAUUCCGG